CCAGAUGAACAGCUGCAUCCAGAACGUUGUUGUUCAUGGCACAAGAAUGUAUCAGGUUAAGCUUGAGGUCUAGGAUUCAAAGGCAGAACACUGAGAACAUACGGCCGGGCACUGCUAUUUCGUAAAACUGUGUCAAGACCAGACAAAGAGAAUAGAACCCAUUAUAAUCAAUGAUAGUGAUGCUACACUGGAUGCGGCACGACGCAACACAACACAUCAAAACGUCACUUCUGUUAUGAAGGACAAAUGGACUUGCAAUGGUCUGUCAUGUCCAGAGUAGACAGCUGUUGUGGUAUGACUCGAUAAUGGUCGCAUCCAGUUUAAACAGUGCAACAUCAAUCUGUAGUUCAACUUACCCAUUAUUCAAACAUUACACUCACUGCAAAGUUUCAAAACCCAUUAAUUACAUAUUAGCUAACAAUUAGUUAAUAUGUGCCUCAACAAAUAAAGACAAGGAUUUCGGAUAUUUACAUCUUUCUGGGAAACAUUUUGUCCCAUAAUGUACAGUAGAGUUUACCAGGACUGCACACAUGCAUGCACACACACAGACACACACACACACACACACACACACACACACACACACACACACACACACACACACACACAGGUUUGUUUUUGUGAAUUGUGCGGACAUUCCAUAGACGUAAUGGUUUUUAUACUGUACAAACUGUAUUUUCUAUCCCCCUACACCAACCCUACACCUAAACCUACCCAUCACAGAAAACUGCACAUUUUUACUUUCUCAAAAAACUCAUUCUGUAUGAUUUAUAAGCCUUUUGAAAAAUGGGGACAUGGGGUAAUGUCCUCAUAAGUCACACACACACACAUGCAGAGCACACCCCUGAUGUCUUUUCCUGUAAUUCAGGGCAUUUCAUGUAUUUCAUGAGCUGUUUACUUUCUCUUUCACUUUAGCAGAAACAAAUUGUUAUGAUAACCUGAAGAUCCUGUGUAAGAUGUUAAAAACAGCUAAGGCAUACCAUUUUAUUUUAUGACUUUUAUUUUACAGACUCAUAUCAGAUUCAUUUUGAGUUUGAUAAAGUUGUAUUCUUUGAAAGGUUUCAUACUGAUCUGAUUGUCUUGAUGCAGAAAGAGGCAAAGAAAGGCUGAAACAGAAGCAGACAAACAUUUUUAGUUUAGCAGGAAACUUCUCUGACGUCCUGCUUCCUCCAUAUUAGUCUCUGUUUUCAUCAUUUCACAUCUGGUGGACGAGAGACUCACUGAAACACGGUGUUACUAUGGUGAUGUCAGUCAGAAUGACUCCUCCUCUUCCUCUGAUGUUUCUGCUCUUGAUUCACAGGGUUUCUAGUGCUGAUUGGGGUGUGAGUUACAGUCCUUCACACAUCUGUGCACUAAAGGACUCAUCAGUGAUAAUGAACUGCACUUAUACAUACCCUACUGGAUAUCAGAUCAUGAGAGUGUUCUGGACCAAAACAAAUGAUAAAGAGGACACAGGAGAGUUUCCAGAUCUGUCUGAGGACCCUGAAUACAGUCAGAGGCUUCAGUAUCUGGGAGAUAAACAGCAGAACUGCACCAUCAGACUGAGUCAUGUGACACUGAAGGAUUCACACAUGUACUAUUUCAGAUUCACCACUGAUAUACCUGAUGGUAAAUGGAUUGGUAAACCAGGAGUGACUCUUUCUGUCACAGAUCUUCAGGUGGAGUCUCCUGAGAGAGUGACAGAGGGAGAUUCAGUCCGUCUGACAUGUAAAAGCAGCUGCACUCUGACUGACAGAGCAACAUUCAUCUGGUACAGAAACUCACAGCCAUUAACUGAGAGAAGAGACAGAAACAAUGAACUCCUGCUGCAGUCAGUCAGAAGUGAGGAUGCAGGCAAAUAUAGCUGUGGGGUACACGGACACAAUCACAUCUCUCCUGCUGUUGAGCUCAGUGUCAUGUACCCACCCAGGAACGUCUCAGUGUUGAUAACUGGAUCUGGUGAAAUAGUGUCAGGAGAUUCAGUGACUCUGAUCUGCAGCAGUGAUUCAAAUCCUCCUGCUCUGAACUUCAGCUGGUUUAAAGGAAGAACGUUUGUAGGAUCUGGAAGAAUCUACAACAUCUCAAAGAUCAGCUCUGAUGACAGUGGAGAAUACAAGUGCAGAUCCAUCAAUGAACAUGGAGAGAAAUACUCUGAUGCUGUGACUUUAGACAUCAUGUAUCCUCCCAGGAACGUCUCAGUGUUGAUAUCUGGAUCUGGUGAAAUAGUGUCAGGAGAUUCAGUGACUCUGAUCUGCAGCAGUGAUUCAAACCCUCCUGCUCUGAACUUCAGCUGGUUUAAGGAGAAUGAAAGCUCAGCUGUUGGAUCUGGACAGAGUUUCAGUGCACUACAGAGUGGACGCUUCUACUGUCAGGCUCACAAUCAACAUGGAUCUCAGAGAUCAGACGCUGUAACUGUCACAGAGCAUCAUAGAUCCAGUUGGCAUGUAGUUUUUGGGAUCACAGUGGAAUGUGGAGCAUUUUUCAUCCUCGCCAUCAUCAUUAUCAUCAUCAUACUGUUUAUAAUAAAGAAACGAAGGAGUGUUAAAUCUGAAGAUCUCACAGUGACACAGCACUUUUAUUACAACGAAGACGCGCAUACAACUCUUGAGCUCAAGUCCACGACCCCAGAGAUUUUCUAAACACCAGAAUCCAUCAGUAAGCCACCAGCUCUCCUCAAUAUAAUCAAUAAAACUGCCUUCAAUAGUUUGACUGUUUUAUGUAUUCUGUGAAAGGUUUUAUUGAUGAACUUCAGUCUGUCUUUCUUCAUCUCGAACCCUAAUUAAACACACAUGAACAGCUAAUCAAGGCCUUCAGACUCACUGCACAGCAAAACCCCAGUUUAAAAGUACGUAUGCUUAGAGAUUGAUUUCACAUUUAAGAAGCAGUGUAAAUAAUUAAGUAAUUAAGUGAUGAUUGACUAGUGAAGACUGUUAACAAACAGAAUCACUGAAAGAAAGCGUCACUGUUUUUUAGACUUUCUUUUGUGAUCCAAUAAAUAAAUAUUUAAAUAACUUCUAAUUAAAACAGUAACCCUUACUGUUUUAAUUAGAAGUUAUUUAAAUAUUUAUAAACUAAAAUAACUAGCUUCUGGCAGUCGACCAAACAUGUACUGCGCAAGUCGACUUGUGCCACUAGACUAGAGUAUCCCCUGAUGUGAUAUAUGACGUAGGAUGUAAGCUUAGUUGCUUCUCACGGUUUAAACCCUUUACGUACAAAGAUCGCCGAUGACCCCAGGUUAUUGUUGUUCAACAUCCGCUGCACAUUAAAACAUCACAAUCUUACUUGAUCUGGACAAACUGAGUAUCAUUAGAAAGAUUAAAAUCUCCAGCUUCGAUAUCUGACUGCUGUUUAUGAUGAAACUAGGUUGCAGUGACAAUGUUUUUUUUUUAAUUUAUGUCAGGAGUGCAAAAUAAUCAAUCUGUAAUUUUUAAUAUUUUGAAUAGAAUAAAAACACAUACAUUUAUUCA